AUGGAUGUUGCUGUCGAGACUGAGGACAACCUGGAAUGUUGUGUAUUGCAGGAUUUAAACAAAACAUGGUACACAGACAAUCCAGAUUUUACACACUGCUUCCAAAUAACUAUCUUAGUCUGGAUCCCUUGCAUCUACAUCUGGAUUUGUUUCCCAUUCUACUUUCUGUUUCUUCGUUAUCAUGACCGAGGUUACAUUAGAAUGUCACUUCUCAAUAAAAUUAAAACGGCAUUGGGAUUUGUGUUGUGGAUAAUCUGCUGGACAGACCUUUUCUAUGCUUUCUGGGAAAGAAGUCAAGGAUUUGGGCGAGCUCCUGUUUUCAUAGUGAGCCCUGCAAUACUUGGGGUUACAAUGUUGGUUGCAGUUUUCCUCAUCCAGUAUGAGAGGUUGAAGGGUGUCCAAUCCUCUGCUAUUCUUCUGAUCUUUUGGCUGCUGGCGUUGCUAUGUGCCAUUCCACCAUUGAGAUCCAAAAUAAUGCAGUCGAUUGACCAGGAUCCUAACAUUGAUGUUUUUCGGAAUGCGACCUUUUACAUCUAUUUGGUUGGAGUGUUUGUACAGUUUAUACUUUCCUGCUUGACAGAUCAGCCUCCCCUCUUUUCUGAACCGGACAAGGACACUAGUCUGUGCCCUGAACUAAGUGCUUCAUUCCUGUCCAAGAUAACAUUCUGGUGGUUUACAGGGAUGACUAUUUUGGGAUAUAAACGGCCAUUGGAGCCAAAUGAUUUAUGGUCUUUAAAAAAGAAUGAUAAAUCGAAAGUGAUUGUGCCACAUCUAGUUGAAGAAUGGGGGAAGGAAUGUUUUAUGAAAACCAGACAAAGUGAAAUGAUAUACUCUCCUCAGAAGAACAGAACCAAAAAGGAGCCCAUGGGUUCUGAGGAACCUGGUGAAACACAAGUACUGAUUUUAAAGAAGAAAAAGAAUUUGCAGCCUUCAUUGCUAAAAGCAUUGUGUAGAACCUUUGGCCCAUAUUUUAUGAUCAGCUUUUUGUAUAAGAUUAUUCAUGAUUUACUGAUGUUUGCGAGCCCUGAAAUUCUGAAGUUGCUUUUGCAGUUUAUCAAUAAUGACAAGGCUCCAGGCUGGCAAGGCUACUUUUAUGUUGUGCUACUAUUUUUAUGUGCAUUUAUCCAGACUCUCUUCCUUCAUCAGUACUUCCAAAUUUGUUUUGUCACUGGAAUGAGACUAAAAACUGCUAUUAUAGGAGCAGUUUAUAGAAAGGCACUGGUAAUUUCCAAUGCAGCAAGGAAGACAUCCACGGUUGGGGAAAUUGUAAAUUUGAUGUCUGUGGAUGCACAAAAGCUUAUGGAUUUGAUAACUUACUUAAACAUGAUCUGGUCUGCGCCACUGCAGGUGAUCCUGGCUAUGUAUUUCCUGUGGCAGAAUCUGGGGCCUUCUGUGCUAGCAGGUGUGGCAGUUAUGAUUCUUCUUGUCCCUGUAAAUGGUGUGAUUGCAAUGAAAACAAAAAACUUCCAGGUCACGCAGAUGAAAGAAAAAGACAAUCGUAUCAAACUGAUGAAUGAGAUUCUAAAUGGAAUAAGAGUAUUAAAGCUAUAUGCUUGGGAACUGGCAUUUAAGGAGAAGGUGCUGCAAAUUAGGCAGAAGGAGCUCAAAGUACUCAAAAGUGCUGCCUAUCUGUCAGCAGUUUCCACUUUCACUUGGGUCUGUGCACCAUUUCUGGUUGCUUUGUCUACAUUUGCAGUGUAUGUAACUGUAGAUGAGAAGAAUGUGUUGGAUGCCCAGAAAGCUUUCGUUUCAUUGGCACUUUUUAACAUUCUCAGAUUUCCACUCAACAUGCUUCCCAUGGUCAUUAGCAGUUUAGUUCAAGCUAAUGUUUCCUUGAAGCGCCUGGGAACAUUUCUCUCUCAUGAGGAACUGGAUUUAGAUACAGUGGACAAACAUUCAGUCCAUACUUCAUGGAACAGUAUCAUCGUGAAUGAUGGAACUUUCAGGUGGUCUAAUGAAGAUCCCCCAUGUCUGAACAACAUUGAUGUUGAAAUUCCUGAAGGUUCUCUUGUGGCUAUUGUUGGACAUGUUGGAUGUGGAAAAUCUUCUCUACUCUCUGCGUUGCUUGGGGAAAUGCAGAAACAAGAAGGUUAUGUUGCUGUUAAGGGUUCAGUGGCAUAUGUCCCACAGCAAGCAUGGAUCCAAAAUGCAUCUUUAAGAGCAAAUAUUAUCUUUGGUCAGGAAUUAAUGGAAGAGUGGUACAGAAAAGUGGUUGAGAGCUGUGCACUUCUACCUGAUCUGGAGAACUUGCCUGCAGGAGACGAGACAGAAAUAGGCGAGAAGGGUGUGAAUUUAUCAGGUGGGCAGAAACAGAGGGUGAGUCUUGCUCGAGCAGUUUACAGCAGAAAUUCUGUUUAUUUUCUGGAUGACCCACUCUCUGCAGUUGAUGCACAUGUUGGUCGACAUAUUUUUGAUAAAGUAAUUGGACCCAAUGGUUUACUCAGUGGCAAGACCCGUGUCUUGGUGACUCAUGGUGUUAACUUCCUACCUCAAAUGGACAGGAUUCUAGUGAUGGUUGAUGGCAAAAUUUCAGAGUCGGGUACGUACAAGGAACUUCUAAAGCAAAAUGGAGCAUUUGCAGAAUUCCUACGUACAUAUGCUCCUAGAGAAAAUGAAGGUGUUUUUGUGCUCCUUUCUUCAUUGAUGAUGAGUGUUGGAGGAAUAUCAGCUUCACGUUGGCUCCAUGUCCGUCUGCUCUAUGAUACUCUGAUGUCACCAAUGAGCUUUUUUGAGCGAACCCCUAGUGGUAACUUAGUGAAUCGCUUCUCCAAAGACAUAGAUACAAUAGACUCGAUGAUUCCAGUCGUGAUUAAAAUGUUCCUGGGAUCACUGUUUAAUGUUCUUGUUUCUUGCACGGUGAUUUUGAUAGCCACUCCAAUAGCUACAGUAAUCAUUCCACCCUUGGGAUUUCUCUACAUAUUUAUACAGAGAUAUUAUGUGGCUACCUCACGUCAGUUGAAGAGAUUGGAAUCAGCUAGCCGAUCCCCCAUCUUUUCAAACUUUAGUGAAACGCUGCUUGGUGUCAGUGUUAUCCGAGCUUUUGGAGAGCAAGAACGUUUUAUACAUCAAAAUGAUGCCAGGGUAGAUGAAAACCAAAAAGCUUAUUAUCCCAGUAUUGUUGCCAACAGGUGGCUGGCUGUGAGACUGGAGUUUGUUGGCAAUUGCAUUGUACUUUUCGCUGCCCUGUUUGCGGUAGUUUACAGAGAUACUGUCAGUCCUGGGAUUGUUGGGUUGUCUGUAUCAUAUGCCCUACAGGUAACAUCAACAUUAAACUGGAUGGUACGCAUGACCUCUGAACUGGAAACUAACAUUGUUGCAGUGGAAAGAGUGCAGGAGUACACUGGCACUCCCAAAGAGGCACAUUGGAUUAACAGAAGUAAUCGACCACCUCAAACCUGGCCUUUGGAAGGCAAGAUAGAAUUUGUAAACUACGGUUUACGGUAUAGAGAAGAUCUUGACUUGGCAUUGAAAGAUAUUACCGUAUCCAUAAAUGGAGGGGAAAAGGUUGGAAUAGUUGGAAGAACAGGAGCUGGUAAAUCUUCAUUUGCACUUGGUCUGUUUCGUAUAAUUGAAGCUGCUGAAGGGCAAAUCUAUAUUGAUGGAAUUGACAUUGCAAAAAUAGGUCUUCAUGAUCUCAGGUUUCAGAUUACCAUCAUACCUCAGGACCCAGUCUUGUUUGCUGGUUCACUUCGAAUGAAUUUGGAUCCCUUUGACCAGUACCCUGAUGCAGAUUUAUGGACAGCUUUGGAACUGGCUCACCUCAAAACCUUUGUGUCUGGCCUUCCUGAUACGCUGAAUCAUGAAUGUUCUGAAGGUGGAGAUAAUCUCAGUGUUGGACAGCGACAGCUGCUUUGUUUAGCACGAGCACUGCUCCGGAAGUCGAAAAUACUAGUUCUUGAUGAAGCUACAGCUGCAGUGGAUCUAGAAACGGAUGAGCUCAUCCAGUCAACAAUAAGAAACCAGUUUGCUGACUGUACAGUGCUCACGAUAGCCCAUCGUCUUAAAACCAUUAUGGAUUACACACGGAUUAUGGUUCUGGACAAAGGCCAGAUUGUAGAGUUUGAUGCUAUACCUGCCCUUCUCCACAGAAAGGGAGCCUUCUACAAAAUGGCAAAGGAUUCUGGACUUUUGUAAUUUGAAUUAUAUUUUCAGGGUUGUCUCAAGUUUUUUGAGUUGUUACACACAUUACAUCAAACAAAAACCCGAAUGUUAAAUCCUAUAAGUUGGCAAUUGGCAUCUGUUUAUAAAAAUGUUUUGUAUAAAACAAAAUAUUUUCAUAUACCUCUGCUUUCUAAAAAUUUGAUUUUUUCUUUCAGUUGACAAUUUCUUGCUUAUUUAAAUAUUUAUAGUACCUAUAAAUAUAAAUAUGAAGAUCAAAAUAAUAGGUGCAAAGCAUCGAGAUAUUGAAGUUGUAGUGCAUUAUGGUACUGCAUUUAUUUUUGACAAUUGUGAUAUUUCACGAGUUGUAAAUCAUGAGGAAUGAUUAAUAAAAUUGUAGGUGCCUGAAUUUGAA